AUGAAAGCCCCAUCCCUGCUCGCCUGGCUCUGCGCCAACACCGCGCUGGUAGCGGCUCUACCCUCCAGCCAGUCCGGAACUGGCCUGCACUUCAGCAAUGCGACAGCGGACAUUGCCCACUCCGCCCGGAAGCUCCACGCCAUCGGGCCCAGCGGCAGCCAUUCACACAAGGUCGGAAAACGCUCCAGCGCCGAGUUCAUCAUCCCCCUCCCCGACGAAGAUUUCCUCGGCUGGGACAUCGCCAUGUCCACGAUCAUGCACGCCAACGAAGCCGACGCCACCGUGGCCAUCGCCCAGGGCCAGAUGAUCGCCAACAGCAUCCAGGUCGGGACGACGUUCACCGGCACCGUGGAGAGCUUCCUCUCUGUCGCGACAACCAUCAACUACCAGUGGACCGAGACCUCCACGCUCACCGGCACGGUCACGAUGACGAUCCCCAAGGGCAAAUGGGGCGCCAUCGUCAGCAACCCCCUGACCCAUCGCAAGAGGGGAUACGUGUUUAGCGGCCAGCCCGGCAGCGGCCAGUACGAGUACUGGCAGGCCGAUUCGUUCACCCAGGAGACUUAUUCCUACGGGCAGAACUCCCUGUCCUGGGUCAAGGGUGUCGUUACGACUUGCUUGGGUGAUACUUAUCCCCUCCCGCGUUGCAACGGACAGGGUGAGCUGGAUUAA